AUGGAUGCAGCCCCAGCGCCAAAGAGCACACAGCUUGCUAAACCAGCCGAAUGGUUUCACUAUUUGAUCGAUGCAGCUGUGGCAAUUUCGCUGGAACAAUCCGAAGGAAUCGUAAGGAUCUACGACUCUGCAAAUGCAGCCAAAAUGAGCAUCCUAGAAACGUUGAGCUCGCUGGCCGUCAAAGGCAAAUAUUCAUGGCCUGUCUUUGCGGCCAUGGAACUGGACUUCGAUCAGAUCAUGCGACUUCGCCGAGCUCUGGUCACUGAUCUGUACCAAGCCCUUCUUGCUCAGGGUCGACUGCGUGUAGGGUCAGUGAUUGACAAUGAUGGGCCCGAAAACCCACCUAAAAGACUCCGCUUGCGAGACGAUACCGCGGUCACCAAGUGUUGUCCCACGCAGUGGGGUCUGCAUCUCUACUGCCUUUGCGACACCGACUUGCACAGUGAAGUCUUUAUCACCAAUGCUAUGAAAACACUGCUCGAGCGCUCGGGAGUCAAAGAAUCUGGUGUAAUAAAAUCCUGCAAGACCUCUGACGAGCUAGCGGAUCGCAUUGUCGAUGGGUUAUAUGAAAGCUACGGUUGGCCUUCCAUGCUGGGGCUUGGAUCUCUCCAAGAACAACAAUCUCGGUCGGAGAAACCACAUCUUGACUCGCCUCAUCUUUCAGCCUCUUAUGAGUUCAAUGUGCCGGACAACGAUGUAGCGAUUAAGAGCGACAGGGAAACUACGAGAAUCUCACCAAAACAGAAACCAUUGCCAUCAUCCAACAACCACAGCAGGAAUGUCAAGGGGAAAGUGCAUGAAUGAAGGAAUGGAAAAGAAUCGAACAAGGCCUUAAUGUAGUAGAUGAUGUAACGGCGCCGCCUGCGCUACCAGAUGUACUCAAGA